AUGGCCGAUGGACUUCUCGUUGACCGCACGCAGUCGAAUGCCAUGAACCUGCAAGUGCUAAAACGGCAAGACAAUGACGUUGCUGAAAUCAUAGACACGGCUAGUCAUGUCGUAAUAUACGAGUUUGAUCAGGAUGCGCAGAGCUGGAAGCGUAAGGAUGUUGAGGGAUGUUUAUUUGUUGUCAAAAGAACGUCGACGCCGCGCUUUCAAGUUUUCGUUAACAACCGCCUAAGUACAACUAAUAUGACGCUUUCGCUAAAUGAGCAUCUUCAAGUAGACAACGUUGAUAGUUUUCUCAUCCUGCGCAGCCCCGACGUGGCAUAUUCGACGGGUUACGCCAUAUUUGGCGUAUGGUUCUUUCCGGAAGAAGACCGUAGUAAAAUUUUGCAAUUGCUUCAACGGCUGAUUCAGUCGUUGAGGUCUUCUCAAAAUGGAAGUAUCACGAUACCAAAGACUCCAUUACCCAUCCAACCGCAGAAUUCGAAACAGCAGACUUCACAACCGACACAGCAGCUGGAGUCUCAGUCGCGAAAUCGAGGACGAUCUCGUAACAAGCGUGAAGAUUCGAAGCGUCGUGGCGUGAAUGUCAACAACCCUAUAGCGAUCUUACAACGAUCUUCUCAGGACAAACGUAGUAACAGCAGCAGCAGUGGCGGCAGUGUUAAUGGCUCAAAUAAGCAGGAAAAUACCCAGGCAGUGGCAAAUUCGAUCGGAAUGGUCCCGAUCUCCAAGGCAGAAGGUAUUGCUGCGGGGGAAGCCAUUAUGGGCAUGAUUUCGCAGAACCGAUCGGAGCAGCAGAAACAUCGGUUGGCGCCACCAGUGAACAAGGAGCAGUUGAAACAAACAUUGAUUGGCUUAUUGGAUGAUGUCCAAUUCUUUGACCAAAUUUACCAUGCGUAUGUGAAUCGUGUCUCGAACCGAGGAUUGUGA